GUCUUGAACUCGCUCCGCUCAAUAUCACAGUCAAACCCGUCCUCCGCCCGCACCGCCUUCCAUUCGAUGUCAGCGACCUCUUCCGUGGCCAGCCCCUCCCAGUGCCGUCCAAGGAGGAUCUCGAGUUCUGGCAUGGCGGACGCCCACGCACAGGCGAUGCCGACGAGCCUCUACGCGCUCGGAUUGAUGUGGGCGACCUCAACACGGCUUGCAUCUCCGCUCGCAGCGUCCCUGCCUCGACCCUGUUCCCCAGCGUCUCCGAGGGUCACAUCGGUCUGCGCCCGCAGCGCGAGCUGCCUCCUCGUCCGUUCGUCCCUGCCCUUCCUGUCCCCGCCGCCCCGGCUCCGGCUCCCGAGGUCUUGCACGUCGCUGCUCCUCGUAAGCGUGCAAGCGUCCGCCGCACCCUGCUCAAGCCGCCGCGCGUUGCGACGCCCCGUCAGUUCCGGACGGGCGCCACCGUGACCGCACAUAUGGGUGCCCGGGGCAACUUCAAGUGGAGUAUGGAGUCUGGGGUUUCGCUCAUGGAGGCGUUGGGCGUGGGCUCCGUCAAGCUCGGCGUCGUGUACUCUCUGCCACAGUGAGCAUGCGCACGACGGCGCUGCCUAGCUCGGCUCGGCUUUCGAGCGGAAAGCUUGGAAGCGUGCUCCCACCUUCGACUUAAAGAGCAUAUGGACAUGUUGGAGGGUGGAUCAUCCCUGUGGGUAAUAUCUUGUGUACAGUAUCAUAUAUUACGGGAUCUCAGCCAGGACCUCCAGUUGUAUAGUAGAGCCGCACAGAUCCCGGCACAGAUGACUUCCUAAUAUUCGCAUAACUGUAGCAAUGGU